AAUGUGCAGAAACAAGAGGUAUAAAGUCACCACCCAAGCCGGUCCCCGCACACCCUGACCAGCUCUCAGACAGGCAAGAUGAUGCGAGCAGCACUCCUGUGUUUGGUGGUGGCCUUCGUUGAGGCGUCAGAAUCCGGAGAAGCACGGUGCCAGGACAAUCAUGAUAUAACCCCACCGAGUACCUGGGCCGACUGGGGAAUGAAGCUCUGGCUUGUUGGAGAAUGUGGGAAGACCAUAGAAAAUGACCUGACUGCACUGCGUGCAGAAAUGAAGGGUGAAGACAAAAUGGAAUGGGAGGAUAUCCGCGAGAGACUGGAUGGGGUUAUUGAGAAGACUUCCAAGAUAAUAUUCCAUUCACGCUUGUUGUUCGGGCCUAUGCUGACAAUGCCAACUGAAAUGGAGUCUCUUGUGUGCGAUAGUGUGGUCACUUUCUCAAAGACUGAAGAUUUUGAGGCAAGUCCAGCUCUGCGCCACGGUCCUAUCCUAGCUGACGCCAAAUGUUUCUCUGUCCUUGUAAGACAGGCCUUCACCUUCCGCUGGAUGGAACAGAACAAAUACAGCGAGCAAGAGGUCGCAUUGCUGUUCAUGGAGUCUGUGAAUCAUCUGUUGAGGCUGCAGCAUGAUGGGCAUGCCUUCCACGUUGCCUUGUCCAAGCUGUCCGGCAGACAGGACGACAAGCCGUCCGACAGCUAUGACACAGAUGCGGUUAAAGUCGACACCAAAGAAAACAUCCUUGAGAGACUGAUCAAAGCAUUGAAGACAAACCCCUGAACACAUUCGCCUCCCCACAUUCCUGUCACGCUCUUUGCGUUCUUACCACAUAACCACGUUUCUCAACCAGCUUUAACUUAUCCCGCUACAGAGCUUAACAAGCGUGCACUUUCAUCUACACUGAGAGAAUCCAGUAAAAAAACAUACAGUGAAGUUAUGCUUCGGGAAAAUAAGACACUCGUUAAACUUUAGUAUUUGAGGAUUUUACUACCUUGGCAAUAUUGGCCGAUGAUCUUCGGCGCACAGUCGAUAUGUCUUGUCAUAAAAAUGUCCCUCUUUCAGUUAUGACCAUAUUUCUCUGCAUAAAUCUUAAAUAAAUCUUGGUUCCAACACAGCAGGAAUGCUCUGUUUGUAAUACAACUGCAUUUAUUUGACAUCACCAGUUACUCGUAGAAUAGACCCUGUGAUGUGAUGAAACAGGAAUAAAGUACUUCAAAUAAGA